AUGGACACGGAGUUGCAGUCUCUGAAGGGGACUCUGGCGGAGGUAGAUCAGCUGCUGGAAUUAUCUCAGGACAAUUCUGCUGAUCUCUUGAGUCUGAGGAAAGAUCUGGCGCAUCUCAUUGAGCUCAAAGAGGCCGAUCUCUUGGAGCGCAGUAAACAAACCGCCCUGGCAGCAGUAGCCUCUGCUCUGGGGAGCCUAUCAGUUCCGGAACCUGAAAAUGAUGCUACCCCUUCGUCACAGGCCGUCGAUCCUUCUACCGUCAGUCCUCCAGAAGAGGAACUUGUGGGCACCAAGUGUUCCCUGCCCGGGUGGACAUCCAGAGGCUACUUUGUGCACCGAAAUGCAGUGAUUGCCGAAGUGCUCAAUGAGGGCAGCCUGACCUCCCGACGUGUUCGCCUCUUCUUCACUAAUCCCACCCGGCUGAGUGAGGUCCCCUGCGCCGAAUUUCUAGACACCGGCGCAUGCUCCCGUGGCUCCCGUUGUCGACAGAGUCAUGGCGAGGUGGCUUCUAUUGAGGUACUUUGCCCUCAGGACUGUGCCAGUGUAGCUCAUGUCAGCUCCCCAUUCUGUGUGGUGGAUUGAUGGAUGCCUUCUGAAUCUCGCUUUGUAGGAUUUGCAGGCCUGGGAAGAACCGGAUCCAGUCAGUUACCUCCGUGAGGGUCAGCUCUGCCUGGCACUCGGAUGCGACAACCCAUCCUUUUCAUCAGUCUGGCACCACGCGCGCAUCCAGCACACAGAUGUCGAUGAGGGCACCUGUGUGGUGCAAUGGUGUGCUGUGCCCAUCCCCGCCCCAACGACCUCUUCGCAUCGUCGGUCAGGCCUGGUUCGGCCUGCCAGCUAUUCUCUCUUGGAUGCCAGUGUGUCUAGUUUGCCCUUAUCUCACGUUCAUCCCAUCAGCUCUGAGGAUAGCGGAGAGGCGACUGAGGAUCCAUCAUGCCUAGUCGAUUCUGGUGAGGAGAAUGCAGAUCUCUCGGAAUCGUCGGACUCCGAUGACGAGACCUUAUCUGACGCUGGGUCUCCGAGUUCAGGUGCUGAACUAACGUCGAAGGUGUCCGUUUUUUUGAUGGUCUCAUUUUAUCGUGCCCAUAAUUGUGUUCUACUACUGGCCUCUUUUUCAUUCGGUUUCGUUGCCAACUCUCGGAAACGGCAUUCAUCUGUGCCUGCUCUCCGUCCGAGGCAUCCCAACCAGCCACCAGGUGACUUGCCUUUUUGGUUGUGCCUCGGAUCGCACUUGUCCGUAAACCGUCCUCCGUGGGAUACUGCUUGUUACGGUCUGUCUAGAUUAGCUGGUGAAGGACCCCCUAGGUCUUGGUCUUAUUCAGAAGGAAUCCCCGCUCAAUAUGCGGACGUAAUUUGCACUGUCCUGACACGUUUGUGGCUGACUAGUUUAUUACUCACUUCACUUCGUUUGGUGUCUGGGGGGGGGGAUCCGUAAGGAACCGCACCAAGACCUCAUUUUCUAGCGUCUGCUUAUCAGUCGAAGAUCGCGAUAGCCACUGGUGCACAACCACUUCUCAGGCCCGACCUGAGGCGUCCUUUGUCCAACCGGACCGAGACAGGCGUCACCGUCUGGCGUGGCCUGUCACCCCUUGGGGGCCUCGGGAUGAUGCAGCCCCCGACUCAACUCAUGGGCUAGCCAAUCACAUGCCCAACAUGCGGACAUGUCAGACCCGCACAAACAGUGCACGGCUACUCACGUGUUGCCGAACAGACGUCCCGAUAUGACCCACAAGCCAACUGUCAACUCACGGUAACCUGCCCUGUGUACAAAACAAAACCGCUUUCACGGAGGACUUCUGUCAUUUGACGGAACGGACUUAUUGUGUGCGGUCGGAGUUGAUUUGAUACUUUUGUGUCCCAUAAUACUACCCAAUCGUGCCUGAAAACAACCUCCAGUCAGUUUGUACGUGUUAACUUUCCAGCUCCAUCCUACCAAUCGUGCCUUGAGUAAUAUUUGUCGGUAGAGAAAGUCAAUUAGUCUUUCUCAAGAAAAUUGGUACAGCCCGCCUGGGAUUUUUGGUUGUAAUCGGCCUCUUCAAUCGGUUGGAUUUUUUAAGCACAUAUUACUGCGUUAAAAGUGCAUUAGGUCUUAUGCUGCUCUUUAAAGCAAUUCGCCCUCACAUAUCCUUGCGGGUUAUAGUUUGAUUUCUGUAUUUACUCCCCGACAGCCACGAAUCAGCAAAGGUCUCAGACAUUUUCUGUAGUCCAAAUUCUUACAAUCGGAGUAUUGUAUUUUCUAAAGUGUGGACUCUUGCCAAGAUUUGAUUUCCAAAUGAAUUAUUGUACAAGGUGGAUUUUUUGACUACCCAUUCUAGGAACUAAUGAUGGGUUUUAUGCAAGCCCAGGGAAUCAUUGAAAAAUAAGUCAGAUGUGAUUGUGAAGCCCCACCAGAAGUAAAUAAACCCCAGCCACCUAUAAUACGGAACCAGUGGUAAUAGGGAUUUCUACAGGUGGGGCCUGGGAACGCACGGGCGAAGAGGUCAAGUAGUUGUAUGCAAAUGAAAAGCCAUUGGGAAUGCGUGGUUGUACUUUGAGUGGUUUAAAAAUAGUUGCCCUAACCACAGCCCCAAACCCCAACAGUAUUGUGUCCAUCAGGUGGGGCUACAUAACCCCAUCUUACCAUAAAAUAUGUGUGUGGGGAUUUCUCCCGUGACGGGUAUGAUAGCAUUUCCAGCUUUAACCGUUCCAUAGCUAUUGGCACCUACUACGUAUUUGGAGUACUGGCUUUCCAUGAUCAUCUGUAACACAAAUUCUAGUGUUGCCAGUGGAGGCGGUUCAUGACCAGUGCGUUUUUUGAAAUCUUAUACCUAUUUGCGCCUUUGCUAUCCUUUCAGAAAUCAGACUCCUCGAGUGUUGUCUUUAGUCCGGGCGGCGUUCUCGUGCACCCUGUUGAGUAUCCAAUGGUUGUACCCACUGACGACGACGACAACGCCGAUCAGGAGCCGCUGGGCACAUGGGAAGUGCACACCCGCGGCGUCGGAUCUCGCCUUCUGCGCCAGAUGGGCUACACUGGCCGGGGCGGCCUUGGUCGUCUUGGUGAUGGCCGACGCCAGCCCGUCAGCUCCGAUGUCACUCUGCAUUGCAUAGUCGAUCUCGGCGGGGUCGCACGACCCUCGCUGGACCGUCUUGUGCAACUGCGUCGCGGCAAGCGACCGGUGAGGAAUCGCCGUCACCGGCAGCGCUGCAGGGACUCUGGCACGACGACUGCAGCUGGCGGCUUUCGUCAAGCUGCUCGUCUUCUUGCUCCUUCCCCUACCGUCUUCGACUACCUCAACAACAAAGUCCUUGCUGCAUCCAGCUCGACCCACCUACCCGCCCCGAAGACGCCUACCAUCUGUGGCAAGUCGAGGAAACAACUGAACAUUGAACACUAUAAUAUUCAGGUUCGUCAUCGUAUGCGACGUAUGUGCUGUUACUGUUGUUUGAGAUCUGCAGACACGCAGCUGUCGGGCUGUGUUGAGUUCGCAUGAGCCCAUGACUACUGUCCUACAUACGCGUUGUGGUCGGCGUAGGACUUCACGCCGCAUCGGUAACCGCGCCCAGUUACAUUACCCGUUAGUUGGCAUGCUCGGACAGUCGACUAGUGCAUGGGAGAGGGAAGAGACAAAGAGUGCGAACUCGUCUUCACGCUAUAUCUGCCCAUUCCUUACCAUGUUAAGUCUGACGCGCUUGAGUAUCAUGGCACGCUAAGGGUCAUGGCUUAGAACGCUGCCAACAGAGGCGUCCUCUUAGUGCGAACAUUGUGGCACUCAUUGAUACAGGAUCUAAGCCACCCUCAUGGAAGUCCGGAUCAUCUGUAAUGGGACUAUGGCUGGUGUGUGGCACGUGUAAACGGCCCGCUUAGUUUUGUCAGCCUCACCUCCGGUCGUCUUGGCACUGUCUUGCCAUCGCAGCAAGGUGGGUGCAACAGAUGUGGUGCAAGUAGGGACCGGUAUAAACUAAUUCACGAGUCGCCGAGGGUGCACCCGCAGCGGUGAUUAUGCGACGGAUUGCAAGCUUAAAAGACCGAUGUACACCCUUCCUCUGAGUGCGACACCUAAAGAAGACGUAGUUUCCUCCAAUAGAAGUACAAAAAUCGCGAACAUUUCCAUGGAACGAUUUAGAAGACCAGUAGCGACCAUACGUUUGCUUUCUAUGACAUUCUCGUUAGACCAGUACACUUAUUUAAAACGGGGUCAAGUAAAAUGUGUGAAUGCCGAGAGAACUCAGGUGAGAUGGGAGUGAAAUGUGUUUGGAAAAAUCAUGACAGGGAGGAGGAGGAGGAGGAGGAUGUGAAACAUUGCACGCCGUUAGUCGACCAUUGGCCAUGGUAGAUGCAGAGCCCGAGCCUGGCUUUUCUGUGCGCACAAGACCGGUUUACGCAUCCUGAUGGCAGCUGCUUCUGCUGUCCCUAGUAGACUUUGGCUCAGUUGCCUAGGGCGAUUUGGUGGGACCUUAUAAAUCGCAUGGAAGGCUUCGUUGGAGUCCACAGGAUCCCCGGAAUCAAUUAUAUCUGCGAGAAUGGCGCUGCUUAUGUCUUUCAUUUCACCUUCUCAGCCAUAACAGGAUAGGCGCCGACUCAUACGACCCAUGUAACCUGUUCCACAGGAGAAAGUAAGGGGGUGGUCUGAGCUGGUAAUCUAUCCUUACCUUCUCUGUGUAAAAUAGGGUUGGUCGAGAAUAGUGCUCGAACUCGUGCUGCUCGAAAGGUUCGUAAAACAGCUGGCUCAAGGGACCAUCUCAGGAAUUCGCUUUCCGCGUCCCCUUGAAGGGUGUGUUCGAGGAACAGUGUUUUCUUUUCCCCUGUGAAUGUCAUCGGUGUUUCUGCUCAUACGCUGAUUUCCCUCGCAGUAAGUCCGUUAGGAUACCCGUUCUCAUGGAGCAGUUCGUUGAUUUUAACAAGUUGCUUGUGGAUGUUCUCCCCUGAACAUCUUUUUCUAGCUUUUGCACCAAACAGCUGAUUAGCUUGCGCUGUUUCGUUUUAAGAGUGCAUAGAGUUUUGUGUCAUCGACUGUUGAUUGGCCAUCGCCCCAUAAUUUUCGCUUGUUCAGUUGUUCCUAUUAUCUCUGACGACGGACCCCUACUCGAGCUCGAAAGCUCAGAAAAAACGGACUGUUUCGGUGCUCGGCCAGUCCUCUUUUAAAUUUACCUGCAUUUAAACAAAACAUAUGUUGGCAAGUCUCUUUUAAAAGUUCGCUUCAUUAGCGGCAUGUCAGACGAGCCACCAAUAAGCAAGUUGGGCCCUCUUCAUCGUUAUCAUCCUCAUCCCCGCUUCUCCCUCCUCUUCCUCGACUGAUCCGAUUAUCUUACGGUUCGCCCAGUGCAUCCCCGCCCGUUUGCGAAAUAUGCAGUUUAAUUAAGGGUGUGGAACAUACGUCCAGUAUUACCGGCACGUCAUUGUCCCUGCAGAGCGAAUGGGAAGGUUUUGGCAUUUCUUUGCUCUGUCAGGUGACUGUUACGCCAUUUUGACAGCAGGUUUGCAGGUCGCGUAUGACCUUGCAGUUUUGUUUUUCCCAAAUCUCUGACUCUGUGCCCUGGAGGAAGAAAGAGUGGGGGGAGGGUAGUUCGAAAGGCUCGGGAUAAGAGUUUACUCCUCCUCCCCUUGACCAAAAACGGACUAGGCUUCACCCUGCACUUUCAGCCCACAUUUGUUAUCACGCUGGGUCAGUUGGUAUGCCAACUGUUUUCACGAUCCGGGAAGCCUUGGUCAGCUGAUGGUAUAUUCUCUGUCAAGCGUAAACACCGUCCCCCUCCCUGUUCCUCCCGCCUGUCAUCGCUUUCAAGUCUCUCUCACCUAACUGUGAAAGUCUAAGCGUACUUAGCGUUUUCUACGCAAUUCCAGUGUGUGGGUUUCAUUUAUUGCCGAGUCCACCGAAUGCCAUGUCGCAAUGAGCGCGGUCAAGUCGCUGACAAUCACUUCGAGCACCACCACUGCCUAGGAAUUUGAGUCUCGGUGCCUUAAAGAAAAACUGAACAGAAAUAUUCUCGCCGUACAGUCGCUGAAAUCUGUCUAAGGUAUGUAUACACUUCCGGAACCCUCUGUCGUCGGUGGGUCAACCUCUCUUUAUCAAUAUCCUGACAUUUCGACUGUCGUAAUCGAAGAUGUCCACCAUGUGCUCCACAACAGAUCGAAAGCAGAGACGGUGACUUACGCCUGAAUUAUUUCAUGAUGAUAGUAGUCUUGCUCAGAAUCUACCGCACUCUCCCCUCCCCCUUCCACCCCUGAGCCCGGUGUUGAGACAUAGUCAAAAGACCGGGGUGGGGGAGGACGCAGGUGGCUAGCGCGGCCGGAGCCGCCCCUAGACGUGCCGCCACACCUGCCUCGUAUUUCACUAAGUGAGGGUGCCAAAAGGCUCAUUAGCAAAGAGCCAUUGCAACCCAUCUUGUAGACCACCCGUCGUCCACUCCACACAAAUGCACACUGAGAGGACCAAAUUAUCCCUCCACGACUUUUAGCGCCCCGUGAUAGCUUCAAGUACGCCAGAUUGUUUAUAGUGAGAGAAAGGCGUUGAGCCGUCGACCUCACUCUAUUCUUAUCACUAUCGCACUUAUUACUUGAAAUGACGUGCUGGGGAGAGGGAAGGAUAGGGCUCUCUUGACUGGUACUAUUUCCUUCCCGAUCUGUUUUUACGAUCUGCAAUAAACCUGUUGUGAUCAAUCCUCCUGACGUGAGAACAGUCUAGUUUUGUGGGAUCUCGAGCUGCGCGCCUACAAGCCUGGUGCAUACCACGCAGGGAUCGGCUCGUGUGUUACACGCGUCCACUUCGGCCGCCUUGCCAUCAGAGCACUGUCUUGCAGCACGUAAGUCAUCGGCGUCGCUUACGCCGAUCAAACUGUUUAACGUGUCAGGAGAGCUUUUAACUCCUGAUAUGUCUGGAUACUCUUGAAGAGGACGCUUAAAGAUGCUGGGAGAAGUUGUCAAGCCGAAUCCACCUCUUCCAACUAGAGCGAAUGUAGGGAUGACUUAAAGCUCCUCUCAGGGUCAAAACCGAGUCUCAGCCUGUUCUUUUUUCUUAAUGGGCCUUAAACCAAUUACAUGAUACAGGGUGGACCUUUAUUUUGUCAGAUAAUAUGAACACUGCUGUCCUCUCCCCUCAGACUGUGAGCUCUCAAUUGGCGAUAGUCCCGAACAGACGCAUACAUUCAGGGUAAUUAGGAGAUCUUGAGGUGGCAUAGGUUUUCAGUCCUCAGUAGGAAUUUCAGCCGCUCUUAGCGGAGCUGGUGUGUCCCCUUUCCCAGGCUUGUCAGCAUCAUCAUCAUCCUUCCACCUAUCGUAUGUUUCGGGGUUAAAAGAUACCAUACUGGCAGCACAGGUGCUAGCCAAAAGCUCAGACACGCGUGUUUCGUCAAUUUUCUGCCGCCGCAUGACACAUCUGCGGGGGGGUUCGGCUCAUCAGUGGGUCUCCCAGCACCCCCCUGCGCUUUCUGGUAGACACUCCAGUUUAGAAAUUGUUUCUUCCUUAAUUUCCUCAGAAAUUUCGGUCUGCGCCUAUAGACCUUAGUAUACAUUGGUCUACCUCAAAUUCGCAGUUAAUUUCUGAGGAAAUUAAAAAGCAACAUUUCCUGAACCAGAAAUCAGACGGGGGAUGCUGGGGGACCCACUGACGAGCGGAACCCCCCGCAGCUGUGUCAUGCAGCGGCAGAAUAUUGACGAAACAGGCGUGUCUGAGCUUUUGGCUAGUACAUGUGCUGCUAGUACGGUAUCUUCUUACGCCAAAAUAUGCUAUCUGCCUGUCAGCAGUUGAUGACUAUUACGCGGUUACCCGCUGUGGCUGAUGGACUUCUGCCCAAAUAUUCAUAUAUGAAAUUUUGGUCUGCGCCUAUAGGCCUUAGUAUAAACUGAUCUACUCUAAGUUGGCAGUAAAUUUCUGAGGAAAUAAAGCAGCAACAACCUGUCGGAUGAUUAAAAUACACAUCCCGAAUCCUCAAGUUUCUGACGCAACAUUUUAUGCACUUUUCGUAGUUAAACCUGGCCCUACUUGGUACCCGUCAUAUUAACCAUUUCCUUGUGCAGUGAACACCUGUCAGAGCUUAUUUUAGGCUGCCGACCUUCGAAUCUGACAAUCUCAUGAAGUUUCAACAACAAUGUUGCUGCCUUUAUUUUUUCCAUUCCCCCAUGCAUUUGCUAAUUCUGAUCGGCUCAUCCCUCACGUAAGUUUUAUUUGCCAAGCAGGUGCGUUUUUUUCACUUUUUGAUUGUUCUCUCUCUCCCCACCCCGUCUCUGGAACUCUAGCGUGAAAUUACCCUAGUGGAGUCAGAGAUUGCCCGCGCAGAAGAGUCUCUGAAGCGCAACCAGUCCCGUGAUCGCCUAGCCGCGGCCUCCGCCAAUCAGCGUUUACAGAGUCUCCAGGCCAAGUUGGCUUCUCUCAGAAACCAUGAGCGGGCUCUCUCCCGGGAGACGGCCAAACAGAAGAACAAAGAGAAGCUGUGCGUCUUCUGA